AUACAACAAGCGAGUCUAGACCAUUUGAGUAUUUGAGGCUUACAAGCCUAGGUGUCAUUGGUGCUGUCGUGAAGGCAGAUGACACUGACAUUAUCAGGGUUCUUCUUCCAACACAGAUAAUUCAGCGGUGCUUGCGUGCGAUGCAGAUGGGAAGUGAACUGUCAAAAACAGUUGCAACUUUCAUUCUGCGAAGAUGCCUUCUAGAUAAUUUAUGUUUGAGUUACAUCUGUACCACACCAGAAUUGUUUUUUGCGGUAGUCCAAGUUUUAGGGAUUAUGGUUGGCGCAUUGGCUGAACAACCUUCAUCUAUUCUGCUGAAACACAUAAUUAGGUGCUAUCUUCGUUUGUCUUAUAAUCGAAGGGCAUGUGAUGUACUGAGGACUCAUCUUCCUCUUAUUCUUAGAGAUACCACCUUCAGCAGUCGUCUUAGUGAGGAUUGUGUGACGAAGAAGUGGCUGCAGCAAUUGCUUGACAACGUUGAUGGGAAUCGGAGGAUUUGAUUGUAAUUCUAGUGAACUGAAUUCAUAAAACUCGGGACUUAAAUCAGGAUCUUUUGAUGGAUUAGUUAAGGUGCAUAUUUGGUGUGCAUUUCUUGUACUGUACUUGGGAUCUUUUAUUGGAGUAUUUAAGGUGCAUCUUUGGAAUGCAUUUCUUUUCUUAAAUUAGGAUCUUUUGUUGUUGUAUUGAAGGAAGGAGAGCCUUGGAGUAA